GUGUAAUUUCCGGCGAUGUUUUAUCACGUAAGAGUAUGAAACCGUCAAAGCGUAUGCGGCAUCUCACAACCAAGUAUCAAAAAGAAGCUGAUAAGCCGUUGGAUUUCUUUGAACGAAAGUUGAAAGCUCUUAGUCAGCAGCAAAAUACUAUAAUUCAGGCAUCCAGUGUCAACGAGUCAACGUUAUUAGCUAGCUACAAAGUCGCAUAUCGAGUUGCUAAAGCAGGGAAACCACAUACAAUUGCCGAAAAUCUUAUUUUGCUAGCGGCACUCGAUAUGGUUGAAAUUAUGGUCAGUAAGCAGGAGGCAAACAAAUUAAAAAAAAUACCACUUUCUGACAAUACUAUUUCACGCAGAAGAACGAUAUGGCCAAGGAUAUUCAAGAACAAGUAGUCGAAAAAUUAAAGAAUAGCCAACAUUUUGCCUUGCAGUUCGAUGGAUCUACAGAUGUUUCCGACUGUGCACAGUUUGUAGUAUUUGUGCGCUUUGAAGCAGAUGACGGUAUUACGAAAGAAAUCUUAUUUUGCAAAGCACUUCCUGCAAACACUGCUGGCCAGUGUUUGUACGAUAUGUUUUUAGAAAGCACUUGCGACUACGAUAUUGAUUGGAAAAAAUGUAUCGCUAUUUGUAGCGAUGGCGCUAAAGCUAUGACUGGCAAAAAUAGCGGACUCAUUGCAAAAUUAAAAUCGAUAAUACCAAAAAUAUCCUGGACACACUGUUUUCUUCAUCGACAGGCUCUUGCUGCUAAGGUAAUACCUUCUGAUUUAAAUGACGUGCUCAAGGAGGUAAUAAAAAUUGUAAAUUCUAUCAAAGGUAAAGCUUUGCAAACCCGGCUAUUCAGAAUCUUUUGUGAAGAUAUGGGCUCGCUUCAUCAAAAUCUCCUUUAUCACACAGAGAUCAGGUGGCUAUCAAAAGGAAAGGUAUUGACAAGAGUUCUGGAACUGAGAGCUGAAUUGUUAAUGUUCUUACAAGAUGCAAAAUCAGAAUAUGCUUACCGUUUUUCUGACCCUAUUUGACUCUUGAAAUUAGCAUUUUUGGCAGAUCUUUUUAGCCACCUAAACAAUUUGAACAAGAACCUUCAAGGAAGAGAAGAAAAGAUUUUAACAGCUAAAGAUAAAGUAGAAGCAUUUCACGCAAAACUUCGUUUGUGGUCGACCUCUCUGCAAAACAAAAUGUUUGUGUCUUUUCCGUGUGCUCAGAAGAUUGUUGAAGAUAAUGCAUCAGACCAAAGUUUUGCAGUAUCGGCUCAUAUUCCUUGCAUGAUACAAAGCUUGCAUAAUUUACAAGAUAAACUUUUGACAUACUUUCCAGACUUGCACUCUGAAGCUGACAAUGGGUGUAGAUGGAUUUUAAGCCCUUUUUUGGACAAAUCAAUAAAUCUGGCUGAUGUCAACACAAAAAUGAAAGAAUGUCUUCUAGAAUUAGCUACUGAUGGCAUGCUUAAAAUGGAAUUUUAUUUGCAAAUUGUCGACGUAUUUUGGAUGAAAAGAAAACACGAAUAUCCAGAGCUGGCAAGGGAAGCUCUUAAAUUAUUAGUGCCAUUCGCCACUUCAUACUGACAUUUUCUUCAAUGGUAGACAUUUAAACUAAAAAGAGAAAUAGACUGCAAUUAGAAAAUGAUUAAAUUAUUAAUGUUUCAAAAAUAACACCACAAUUUGAUAAAUUAAUGAAAAAUAAACAAGCAUAUCUUUCUCAUUAAAAUUGUGUUUUUGUUGUGUAAGAACCUCGACUUUUUCUUUCAGCUGGCGACCCCCCGAGUAAGGCUUUGCGACCCCCUUAGGGGUCGCGACCCACAGAUUGAAAAACACUGGGAUAGAGGAAUGUACGGCAAAUAGAACACCUCCACCGAUUCUGUUCAGUC